ACGCGCGCAUUCGCCUUGACCCCACGCUACUGCGCGCGCCCGGCAGCCAGGCGCUGUGGUUUCUGGGUCUCCCCGGGAAUCCCUACACGAUCCCACAGAAAGCUCUUCUGCCGACCUCAAGCGUAUCUUCUGUGGGUGGCAAAUGCGUGCCUGUGAUCUGUGGAGUCUGUAGAGGAGCGCAGGCCUGGUGCAAAGAGACUCAAGAGGCUCGAAGAACCCGCUAGGUUGUCUUCUAGAGUUCACAGUUACCAACAAAGAAAACUUGAAAAUGAGCAGCCGACGGAAACGUGCUCCUCCAGUGAGGGUAGAUGAGAAAAAGCAACAGCAGCUUCAUUGGAAUAUGCAUGAGGACAGAAGGAAUGAAAUUAUCACCCUAAGUGAUGAUGAUGAGCAGCCCUGCGCAGGUUCAGAUACCUCUUCUGCUCACUGCAUCAUUCUGAGUGAUAGUCUAAAGGAAGAAGUGGCUCACAGAGAUAAGAAGAGGUGUUCGGAAGUGGUGAGCUUCUCAAAACCAAUUGAAAAAGAAGAGACUGUUGGUAUUUUCUCGCCUUUGUCUGUAAAGUUGAAUAUUGUGAUUUCUCCCUAUUGCUUCGAUAAUUCCUGGAAAGCAUUUCUAGGAGAAUUAACUCUUCAGCUUCUUCCUGAACAGAGUUUAAUUGAAAAUUUUUCUGAAAGGAGCUUUACAUUGAUGAGUUCAGAGUCAAGCAAUCAGUUCCUGAUCUGUGUUCAUUCAAAAGGUGAAGAUGUAGAGAAACAAAAAAAAGAACAAAUGAGUAUUUGUGACAAGGGUAUUCUAGUGGAGUCAUCCUUCAGUGGUGAAAUGUUAGAAGAUUUGGCGUGGCUGCAAAAGAAGAGAAGAAUAAAACUUUAUCAGAAACCAGAAGGAAAUCACAUUAUCAAGGUUGGAAUUUAUCUUUUGGAAGCUGGCCUAGCAAAACUAGACUUCUUGAGUGAUGCAAAUUCAAGAAUGAAAAAGUUCAAUCAGCUCAUGAAGAAAGUAAUGGAGAAGUUGCACAAUUAUGUUAUUCCAGAUGUGUUGGAAGAGGAUGAAGAUGAUUCAGAGAGUGAGCCAGAGGGACAGGACAUUGAUGAGCUGUAUCACUUUGUGAAACAAACGCAUCAACAAGAAACACGGUCUAUCCAAGUGGAUGUCCAGCAUCCUGCAUUGAUCCCUGUGUUGAGACCCUACCAAAGAGAGGCUGUCAACUGGAUGCUACAACAAGAGUGUUUCAGAAGCACUCCUGCUACUGAAAGUGCCCUACACUACUUAUGGCGAGAGAUUGUUACAUCUGAGGGUUUGAAACUCUACUAUAAUCCAUAUACGGGCUGCAUCAUUCAUGAGUACCCAAAUUCUGGACCUCAGUUGCUUGGUGGAAUCUUAGCAGAUGAGAUGGGUCUUGGAAAGACAGUGGAGGUUUUGGCUCUGAUUCUGACACAUACUCGACAAGAUGUCAAACAAGAUGCUCUCACUCUUCCUGAGGGAAAAGUGGUGAAUUAUUUUAUUCCAUCACAUUAUUUUGGAGGAAAAGUGAAAGAGACAGAAGUCCGUAAUACCGAAUUUGAACCAAAAGAAAAAGUUCAGUGCCCUCCUACACGUGUGAUGAUCCUGACAGCUGUGAAAGAAAUGAAUGGAAAAAAAGGAGUGUCCAUCCUUUCCAUCUAUAAGUAUGUCAGUUCUAUAUACAGAUACGAUGUUCAACGGAACAGGAGUCUUUUGAAACGGAUGCUGAAAUGUUUAAUUUUCGAAGGUCUUGUGAAACAGAUCAAAGGCCAUGGUUUCUCUGGGACUUUUACGUUGGGAAAGAAUUACAAGGAAGAGGAUAUAUGUGAUAAAACGAAAAAGCAGGCAUUAGGGAGUCCAAGGAAAACUCAGAAAGAAUCUAGAAAAUCGGGGAACAAGGACACAGAUUCUGAAUACUUGCCAUCAAACACCUCUGAUGAUGAUGAUGAUGAUCCUUACUAUUAUUAUUAUAAGUCCCGGAGAAAUCGUAGUAAAUUGAGGAAAAAGCCUGUUCCAUCCGCAAAAAAAGGAAAAAGUCAAUCUUUUAUCAAUCCCAAUUCACAAGGUCACUGUCCACCUACUACUGACUGUGGAAUAACUGAUGUUGCUAUGUCUAAAAGUACAUGUAUACCUGAAUUCAACCAAGAACUUGAAACAGAGGACUGUGCCCAAUCUCUAAAUCCUGCUGAUGGUGAUGUGCCACCUUCUAAUAUCAUGAGUCCCUUUAACACCUCUGAUUAUCGCUUUGAGUGUAUAUGUGGUGAACUUGAUCAGAUAGAUCGUAAGCCUCGUGUUCAAUGCCUGAAGUGUCACCUAUGGCAGCAUGCAAAGUGUGUGAAUUAUGAUGAGAAAAAUCUGAAGAUCAAGCCUUUUUACUGCCCCCACUGCGUUGUUGCAAUGGAGCCAGUAUCAACAAGAGCAACUCUGAUCAUCUCUCCAAGUUCUAUCUGUCACCAGUGGGUGGAUGAGAUCAACAGGCAUGUGAGGUCAUCGUCUCUUCGAGUCUUGGUAUAUCAAGGAGUGAAGAAAGAUGGCUUUUUACAACCUCAUUUUUUGGCAGAACAGGAUAUAGUUAUCAUCACCUAUGAUGUGCUUCGUUCAGAAUUAAAUUAUGUCGAUAUCCCACAUAGCAAUAGUGAGGAUGGACGUCGCCUAAGGAACCAGAAGCGCUAUAUGGCUAUCCCAAGCCCCCUAGUAGCUGUGGAGUGGUGGAGGAUUUGCCUUGAUGAAGCUCAGAUGGUUGAAUGUCCUACAGUAAAAGCUGCAGAAAUGGCCCAGCGUUUGAGUGGGAUUAAUCGGUGGUGUAUCAGUGGCACUCCAGUACAGAGAGGAUUAGAGGAUCUUUUUGGGUUAGUGGUCUUUCUUGGUAUUGAACCUUAUUGUGUCAAACACUGGUGGGUUCGACUUCUCUAUCGGCCUUACUGCAAGAAGAAUCCUCAGCAUCUCUACAGCUUUAUUGCCAAGAUACUGUGGAGGUCGGCAAAGAAAGAUGUGAUUGACCAAAUCCAAAUACCACCACAAACUGAAGAAAUACACUGGCUCCACUUCUCUCCAGUAGAAAGGCAUUUCUAUCACCGUCAGCAUGAGGUGUGCUGCCAGGAUGCGGUGGUAAAACUCAGGAAGAUUUCUGACUGGGCUCUGAAGCUCAGCAGCCUGGACAGAAGGACCGUCACCUCUAUCCUGUAUCCAUUGCUGAGGCUCAGACAGGCCUGCUGCCACCCACAGGCUGUUCGUGGGGAGUUCUUGCCACUUCAAAAAAGCACCAUGACAAUGGAAGAGCUGCUCACAUCUUUGCAGAAGAAGUGUGGGACUGAAUGUGAAGAAGCCCAUCGACAGCUAGUUUGUGCCCUCAAUGGCUUAGCAGGCAUUCAUAUUAUUAAAGGUGAGUAUGCCUUGGCAGCAGAAUUGUACAGAGAAGUGUUGCGCUCGUCAGAGGAACACAAAGGAAAGCUGAAAACUGAUUCACUUCAAAGACUUCAUGCCACCCAUAACUUGAUGGAAUUGUUGAUAGCCAAGCACCCAGGGAUACCUCCUACCUUGCGUGAUGGUCGACUUGAGGAAGAGGCCAAACAGCUGCGAGAGCACUAUAUGAGCAAGUGUAAUACAGAAGUUGCUGAAGCCCAACAAGCUUUAUAUCCUGUGCAGCAGACCAUCCAUGAGCUUCAAAGAAAGAUUCAUUCUAAUUCUCCUUGGUGGCUAAAUGUGAUCCACAGAGCAAUAGAAUUUACUAUUGAUGAGGAGCUUGUUCAACGAGUGCGAAAUGAAAUAACCAGCAACUACAAGCAGCAAACUGGCAAGCUUUCUAUGUCAGAGAAGUUCCAUGAUUGCAGAGGUCUUCAGUUCCUACUUACAACACAAAUGGAAGAGCUAAAUAAAUGCCAGAAGCUAGUAAGAGAUGCUGUAAAAAACCUGGAGGGACCUCCAUCUCGUAAUGUUAUUGAGUCUGCAACAAUCUGCCACCUCCGACCAGCCAGGCUUCCUCUCAACUGCUGUGUCUUUUGUAAAGCUGAUGAAUUGUUCACAGAGUAUGAAUCAAAGCUAUUUUCCAACACAGUCAAAGGCCAGACUGCAAUAUUUGAGGAGAUGAUAGAAGAUGAAGAAGGACUGGUGGAUGAUCGAGUACCUACCACAACCCGGGGUCUCUGGGCAAUAAGUGAGACAGAGCGAUCUAUGAAAGCAAUACUAUCAUUUGCAAAAUCACAUAGAUUUGAUGUUGAAUUUGUUGAUGAAGGCAGCACUUCAAUGGAUCUCUUCGAAGCAUGGAAGAAAGAAUAUAAGUUGCUUCAUGAAUAUUGGAUGGCUCUGAGGAAUCGUGUGUCUGCUGUUGAUGAACUUGCAAUGGCUACAGAACGACUAAGAGUGCGUGAUCCUAGGGAGCCAAAGCCUAAUCCGCCAGUUCUUCAUAUUAUUGAACCACACGAGGUAGAACAAAAUCGAAUAAAACUACUAAAUGAUAAAGCCGUUGCUACAUCACAGCUUCAGAAAAAACUUGGGCAGCUUCUUUACCUAACUAAUUUGGAGAAGUCUCAAGACAAAACAUCAGAAGGCAUUAAUCCAGAACCUUGUCCAAUCUGUGCUCGACAGCUGGGAAAACAGUGGGCAGUACUGACCUGUGGUCACUGUUUCUGUAAUGAAUGCAUUUCUAUAAUUGUCGAACAAUACAGCGUGGGAUCUCACAGAAGCUCCAUUAAGUGUGCGAUCUGCCGCCAGACCACAUCUCACAAAGAAAUAUCGUAUGUCUUCACCUCAGAGAAAGCAAGCCAGGAAGAGGACAUCCCUGUGAAGGGCAGCCAUUCUACAAAAGUGGAAGCUGUGGUCAGAACUCUGAUGAAAAUACAGCUUAGAGAUCCAGGGGCUAAAGCACUCGUUUUCUCAACGUGGCAAGACGUCUUAGAUAUUAUUUCAAAAGCUCUCACUGACAACAACAUGGAAUUUGCACAGAUCAGUCGUGUUAAGACAUUUCAGGAGAACCUUUCAGCAUUUAAACGUGAUCCCCAAAUCAAUAUUUUGCUGCUGCCCCUGCACACAGGUUCUAAUGGAUUAACUAUCAUUGAAGCAACUCAUGUUCUCUUGGUGGAGCCCAUAUUGAACCCUGCCCAUGAGCUUCAGGCCAUAGGGAGGGUGCACCGAAUUGGACAGACAAAACCUACCAUUGUACACAGAUUCUUAAUUAAAGCAACAAUAGAAGAAAGAAUGCAGGCAAUGCUGAAAACUGCUGAGAGGAGUCACACAAAUUCAUCAGUGAAGCAUUCAGAGGCCUCCGUCUUGACCGUGGCUGACCUGGCAGACCUAUUUACCAAAGAAACUGAAGAGCUUGAAUGAACUACACUUUAUUCAUUCCAUCGACUUUAAUGUAUUAAUAAACUUUCAUAGCUGUAGAGCAAAGUUACAAGGUUAAAAACCAAGUAGUUAUCAGCUAACACUGUUCCUAGUUGAAAGCAUUUGUUUCUUGUUCUGGUUAUACAGUGGUCUGGAACUUCUUGAGCCCUUUUCAAUAUUCUGUUUUCAAAAGCUCUAUAAAGAUUUUUAAUUUUACACUCCUAAUAAAACAUUUAUUUUAUUGUCCCAAAUAAUAUCUGUAUCUGAUGAUACAAGGGAAUUAAGAGAGGUAAUGUGUACUUUUCUUAUGGUAAGAUUAGUCAUAAAAAGAUUUGGAAUAAGAAAGUAAACUAGUCUAGUUUUAUAUGACCUGGUAUUUCAACCAACAUAGAUCUCAGUUUUGGAAGGGCCUUCAGUAUCUUUAGCACAUGAUUCACAAAUAUCUUGUUAGUAAUGUUUUAAGUAGAUGGUGAAUUAAAUUAACUUGUCAUUUUGAGUAAGUUUAUACCAUAACUUCAUACCUAGUAAUUCUGCAGUAAUACAACUCCUUACAAUAAGUUAAUGUUAGACAGUUAUUUCUUUCCUCUGCAUCUUGCUACUAAAAAUGAAAACACUGAAAAUAUUCAUAUUUCUAUUAUGUGUAAAGUGGUGUCAAUGUAAACAGUUAACUCUAAAUAGAUUUUUGAAAUGUAUCAAUGGUUACCUUAAAAUUAUCUGCUUUCCCUACUCUUAAUUUUUCUUACUAUUAAAGUUUUUUUUUAUGUUGUAAGAUUGAUGUAUCUGUAAAUAUUGCAGUUUUUAUGACUUUGUCUUAUCAUUAUAACAUGGAAAUGCGGCACACUUUUUUUUAGAUCAUUAUUAUACUAAUGUCUUGAAUUCCUUUCUUUCCCAUGUACUUCUGUAACUAGACUGUUUAGCCGCUGAUAUCUGAAUUCAUGGUACAGUUGUCCUGUUAUCCCAGUUGUUCCUCCCUUAAGCACGAGUCUUUGACCUUUUGAACAACAGAAUGCCAUGUUCACAUAAGCGAAUUGUUGCAGGUGAUAAUAACCAAGUGUUUCUUCUUCUGUGAAGAAUUAAUGGACUUUGAAAUUGCUGAAUAAGGAGUAGCUUGUUUAAUCCUAGCCAUUUGAUGUAAUAUAAAUGUUCUUGUUUGGCUUCCUUUUCUUUGAGCCUUCAGAGUUUUAAAGGGCCCUCUUUGACCCUCAGGGCUUACUAGAUCCUACUUAGCUGCCUGGAGAACUCAUAGAACCACCCCUGGAUCCCAUUUGUCUGAGAGGCUUUGGUGCUCAGUUAAGGUGCAUUUUCUUACUCUAGGUUUAUAGAGUGACAUAAUUCAGCUGAAGAAAACACACACACGCUUUUGGUGCUUAUUCUUCAGUUAAAAGGAGGUAUGCAUUGAUUCUUUUAUAUGAAAUUAAAUCAAACUGUUAUUUUUAUAGCUCUUCACAUAUUAAAAAGAGCUUUCCUAUACAUUUACAUGUUUAAUUUGCCUAACAGUCUUGUGAAGUUAUAAUGAAUAUCACUCCUGUUUUCAAGGUAUAGAGAACUGAAGUUCAGAAACUUUCUUAGGACAUGUAGCAAGUAAACAGUGGAGCCCAGGUCCCCUGACUCCAUAUCUUACAUUCUUUUACUAAUAACAUGUCAUGCUGAGAUUCAGAAGGCCCAUGCUUAUAAUUUAUAAUGAGACUAUUCCCGUAUUUGUGUUUGUUUUCUAGUAUUCCUUUCUGAGCUAUGUUUUAGAGAAAACAAUUUGAUAUGCUUCAAUUUUGUAAAAAAAAAAAAAAAAAAAAAUUACAUAUAUAUAUAAAAUUAUCUAUUAGACAAAAACUGUUCUUAUUUAUUUCUGUAAGAUAUCAAUUAAAUAAAUAUUUUAGUGGAAAGUAAAGUUGUGGAAUUCCUUGAUUUCUGAGCCAUAGAACAUACGGGGUUUUUUGGUGUUUUUCUUUCAACAAAAGAUGUCAAAAUGGCUGAUACUAUAGAAUCUCUUAAUAUAUAUACAUUUGUUACCUCUUCAAAACAAUUGUGACAGUUCCCAAUUGUCCAAAACAAAUACAAAUCUGAUUUUCACAUUUUCUUGACUACAAAGGAUUUUUAAAGUUUUCUUCCUCUAUUAUUUUAAAGCCUCUGAAAAUAUUACUAUGCUUAUAAGUAGUUGUUCUUAAAUGGAUGGUAUGCUAAUGAAGCAGUGAGAAAAAAUGAAAUAGCCGCAAUUGUUAGAAUAGCCCCAAUCAUUAAACUUAAAUGUGUCUGGACCCGGAGAAUCAUUUUCUGUUACAUGACGGGUUUACUAGAACUAAAAGAUACAUACAAGGUAAGUGCAUUUACUUCAUAGCCUUUUGCUUCAAACCCAGGUAGCUCAGUGUUUAUUGCAGCUUCAGCUUUUCUCUUUGUAUGUGACCUGAGCUGAAUAAGCCACACAUUCAGCUUUAGGAAUUGGCUUCUUUCAUAUCACAUGAACAACAAACAAAAUCUUAACAUGAUAAUUCAGCAUGUAACUACAAAUACUUUACAAAUAACGAUCAAACCAACUACUUAUCUAAAUAUUUAGGAACUGAUUUUAACAACGCAAGAUUAGUCACCAAGUCAAGCUGUCCUUUCAGGUGGACAGAGUAAGAAUUCGUGUCUUUUCAGUCUUUCCUUUAGUAGCCCUCCCAGUGUGCUUACGUUAUUCAUGUUCAUUAAACGACAAGAUAACCUUUCAGAAGAAAUGCAGAGAUCACCUGUGCUGAAUAACCUCAGGCUUACGUAAGUCGAAUAAAAGGUAUCUUUCCAUUUUUAUAGAAUUUAGCUAAACAAAAUCCCAAAAUGUGCCUUUUCAUAAUUUUUAACUGGCAUACAAAUACAAAAAUGGAAUGUAAAACAAAUGAAUUAAAACCAAAUGAAUUCAAAACCAAUGCAAAAACAACAAAAAAAUGAAUUCCAGCAGUACAGUGGAAGCAGUGCAUUUUAAGCCUGUCUACUCUGAUAAAGGAACUCAAGUCAGUAAGAUUUCUUCAUAGUGAGAUCAGAUAGCUGUUUUCUAAAAUUUUCUGUUUACAAGAAUCUCUGGGUAUUGUGAAGCCCACAUGAAUGCUCAUCACAUGUAAGGGUCGAAUAUGAACCCCUUGCUAGCCUUCCCUUAGAAGAAGGCUAUAUAAGUAAUUGAUAACCCCAAAGGGAGUUCAAGCCUUAUGCUAGGUAUGUGGUGUUGCCUCUGAGUUAUAAAACAGAUAGUAUCACACACAGAAAAUAGCACAAGUACUUGGCAGAGGCCAAAGUUGUCAUCUCCAGCCUUCCCCUGCCUUCAGACAGCCUUUCAAAGGCAUGUAUAACUUGUCUAUGAAGAGUAAAGAUCCCCGCACCAUCCUUGGAUCUUCAUCAUUUAAUGUUAGUGACUCUCAGUACUGAUUUUUGGGAAACUGACUUUGUUAUGUUGAAACCAAAUUUUUAUUGCAGCUUAUGGUUGUUUUCCUGCAAAAUAGAAAUAAAAAACAGCCUCCAUUGUCUGUAUAAUGAUCUUUGUAUAGGUGACUACUUUUAUUAAAACCAGUAACUUUUCUCUGCCUAUCAAAAAAACAGCCUUUUUAAAAAAUCUUCUGCCUUUCCAAACCCUAUUGUUACCUUUGUCUCUCCAGUAAACCUGCUCUUAAUGCUCCACACUGCCCUAGUGAGCCUAUUAGAGGAGCGAUGUGUCCUCGACCUAUGGGAUCUUUCCAGACCUGUGAUAUCUAUGUGAGCACAGUUCUGAUCACUGACUCUUCCAGUGUUCUAAGGAGUAAACAUUUGUGCUCAAAUUUCCUUAGAAAUCGCUUCUGCACAUUUUAUUAUUUAUUUAGGAUAUACUUACUGAAAUUACCUGUGGUUAUUUUCUGCCAAGACUAUUUAAUUAACAUUUACCACAUCAUGUCUCCAGUUCUCUACCCAGAACCUUAAGGCCCCCCAUGCCUCUUUUGUUCUCCCGCCUUCCCAUGAUCAAACAACUGCUAUCCCCAGUUAUUUCUCUAGAGUCUUUGUAAAAAUGUCCAUUGACUGAGAGCGUCAUUGCCUGUUGAUAAUAUUGAGUGUAUUUUUCCUUUGUCACAGAUCUAUCUUCUUUGGUAAAUGCAAAUCUGUGUUCUAAACAGGAAUGCAUUUUGGUUUCUGAUCUUUAUCAGAAUGUUUAUAAGUGAUUCUGCUAUUAAACUGUGAAAGCAU